GUUCGCCUUUGUGGAAUGGAAGUACGGUUAGACUUAUUCCCAGCCAAGCCGAGUGGCAUCCCUCAUUUGCAUCAAAAUCAGGGAUGAUCAUUGCGGAAACAGAAAUAUGUAGAUUAACUGGGGUUCAUGCAUAACAAUUGUUUUGGGUAUCCAUUUGUAGACACAGUUUGUAAUAGAAAGAACAUGUUUGCUUUUGUGCCGUUUGCAUAAAGAAAUGCAGUCAAACCAGUUUGUGAUGUCUUGUGUAACUUCCUACCUUGGUUGACGAUUACUUAGCAAGAAAGUGACUGGAUUCUGAUGUUUAAGGGACGAAAAGCAGAAGAGGAUUUAUGGGACUAAUCGGGUCAACUAAACGUCCACAGGUGAUCCUGAUGGGUUUGGACUCUGCGGGAAAAACGACUUUGCUGACUCAACUGCUAACUGGCCAGGUGAUGAGCACAUCGCCAACCAUUGGAUUCAAUGUAGGAUCAUUCAAUGUGGACAAGAAGACAUCUUUGACAGUUUGGGAUGUCGGAGGACAAAAAAGCAUGAGGCCCAACUGGAGGUUCUAUCUGGAUGAUUGCAAGGCGCUGAUCUUCGUGGUUGACAGCAGCGAUCCCCGUCGGAUGCCGGAGGCUCAGAGGGCAUUGAAGAAGGUUUUGAGUGAAGAAAAGUUCCGAGAUAUUCCGUUGAUGGUUCUGGCCAACAAGAUGGACCAGCCUGGCGCCAUGACUGUACAGGAGAUCUCCGACCAGCUGCGAUUGAAUAACUAUCCUUGUUUGCGUUGGGAGAUCCAAGCAUGCAGCGCCCUGAAAGGAAUCGGUCUGCAUCAAGCCUUCACGUCCGUCGCCAAACUCAUCAAGAAGAACUAACGGGAAUGUAAAGGUAGAAUGUGAAGAGAUGUGAUGGACAAAGGUUGUGUUUUGGAAUGUAUUUAAGAAAUAAAUAUAUACAGCAUUUCAAA